UAUUUGUGCCAUAAAGUGUCCUUACAUAUUAUUCAUUAGUCAUUAAUAAAGUCAAAAAUAAUAGUCACUAUUAAAUAACUGUGAUUUGGUUGCAUUAAACAGAGGUGUAACCUUACAUCACUGACAUCUCAAACCCAACAAAUUGAAACACAAAUUAAUAAAAAUGUCGACUGUGUGAUUCAAUUCGAUAUAAAGAAAUGGGAUAGGAACAUUGGCUAUCAUCUCAGUUCAGGUUCAAGAUGACUGAGAGAAAAGACACCGCAAAGCAACACUGGCAAACGUAGUAAAAUUAGUUAGAAUUAUUAGAAUGGUUGAACAUAUAAAAAUAAAUGCCUGUAAAACUCAAUAAUUAAAAUUUUCUGUGCUCUAAAUCUAAAACGGCCGACUGUCAACACUGUCCUCUCUCCCUGCUUCAGACUUCCAUCAUGUCCGACCUGCUUCACACCACCUCAGACAGUCUGUGUAAACUCGUCCGCUGGGCUCACAGCCAUGGCACCACCUGCAACCUAUUCCCCAGCCUGCAGCAGCCCGUCUCCCGUGGUUCCUACGGCAGUGUGCUGACACCAGACUCUGGUACCCAUGGCGGCAGCGUCCCUGUUGCUGUGUGGGGCUGUGGUGCUGGACACAUCUACAACUGGCCCCUAAAUGACCGUAGCAACAGCCGUGGAGGCUCCCAGAAAACCACACACGGAGCGCGUAUGUCCAAUAAGGUAAAGUGGAGAUGUAAAGUAAUAUAAAGGUUUUUUGUUGUUUUGGUUGUCAUUAUUGAAUAUCUACAUCUCAGUGCUGUACAAAAGCAGUUUUAGUGGCUUGGUCCCAAAAUUCAUCCUGCAGAGAAAAAGACUGCUAGCCAAGCAUUAAAGAUACUAUAUUCUGCAAAUGGCUCUUUCCUGAAGACUGGCCCCCUAAUGACUCCAUGUCUAAGGAGUCCUUGUAGUGAGAUGAGAUAACCUUCAUGGUUGCACUCAGUCCUGAAAGAUGUUUAGGGAGGAAAUCCAUGAAAUUGGACUUUGGACCUGUUGUAAGAUAUUCAAGAUUUGUUUUCAUAGUGUAAUGAAAAAAUGUUAGUGUAGUAUUUGUUUAAGGUCCAAAUUCAAUAAUCUUAUCUCUUCCUCCUUAUCUGCCUGUUUCUACGUAACCAUCAGGUGGCGGUGAGGACCUCCUGUGACCUCUCCUGUAGUGGAGCAGGGUGAGGAGUUCAGCAGCCGUCUGUUUAACAUCGCUGCGUGUGAUUCGUCAGCCACAGACGAGGACUGUGACUACGAGCCCUGGCCACCCAGGAAAGGAGGCGGGGCACCGGCGGGAGUUAUCGCAGGAAAGAAGGUCAAGCAGGAGGGAACCUUGGUGGGACAUUAUGACACUGUUGGCAACAUGGCUAGCACGAGACGGAUACCGUCAACUUUCUGCAGGCUCGUCAGCCAGUAAACACGCACUCUGAAAUAACAAACGCACUGUUUCUCAACAAGACUCUCCUCUACUGUCAUCGGCCACAGCAUGGACAACAUCUGGGGUGUGAUGGAUUAGUGGAUCCACACAUGAGGCUCCUGGGAGGAAGCAGCUCAGGAGGCAAGUCAGUGACCAGGUUGAGGGAUGCAACUUUGCUACCGAGACUAUAGAAAAGACUGAAGCAAGUCAAGCAGAAGGGAGCCAGACUGAGCUGGAGCAGCUGCGGAUGUUACUUGUUGCAGAACGCAGCCGUAACCAGAUGACAGAGAUAUCCAGUUUGAAGCAGGACAAAGAGCUGCUGCAGCACGAACUCGCCAAGAAAGAUGAGCUCAUCUGUGACUUCCUGCAGGACAAACUGCGACCAGAAAAGAAGUGGCUGCGUUGCUCUAACCAGAUGGAACCGGGGAGUUCACACAUGAUGUCCUAUGAUGAUGUGGCCGGGUUAGACUCGCCGACGCUGUUCGACUCAUUCGAGGAAACAGAGCCUCACCCCCUGGAGCUCCACCGGACUCUAAAGAGCAAGAGGAACCGAGAUGGAGAAAACGCUCGAGUCAGGAUGAAAAACGUGGAUGUGAUAGCACGCUGUGUGGCCGCCCUCCAGGAGUUUCGGCGCAGCGUCUCCAUGAAGGUGGCCUUUGACCGGGUCGGUGUAGACCGUAACACCAUCUUGCGCACGGCGGCCAUAGCUGAGCUCAGCCUGGCUGCUCCAGAGCUGUUUCAUGCGCUGGCACCGUGGGAUGAGAAAGAGGAGACGCUGGCACUCUACGCCCAACGCUGCAGACAGGCGAUGGAUGACACCAUCAAGACCAAGAUCAAGACGAUGAAGGCAAAGGGAGAUCUCCUGCCCAUUGUGUCAAAAUGACGAACAGAGCUUACUCCUUUUGACUGAAUCAGAGGCAGAAAUUGCUACUUUGAUGUCUUAAAAUGUGGUUGGACUAUAUUCAGGUCACAUGCAGCAUCGUUGUACAGUCUAUUUACCUCCUACCAAACUGGGUUCUAGUUGUAUGGCUGAGGAACAUCUGUAUGAAACAGAGACUCUGGAAAGAGCAGUGUCUUGUCUUUGAGACUGUUGUCAGAAUGGGCUGCUGCAGCACUGCUGUCAGGAUUGUUCAGAACUCAUUAUAAUGAAGUUCAAAACUUGGCAAAUGUACACAGUAGCAGUAUCAACCAAUCUGUGGCGGUCACUCAAGUUCCAGUAGAUAGAUCAUCAGUAUGGUUACAUAUGACGACUCUGUUUUGUGUGUACUGUUUGUAGUUAACCACUAAAAGCAGUGCGUAUUAGUAAUUAAGUCAUAUUUCAUUUUAGAAACGAUAUAAAAGAAAUGCUGAGCAUUGGCAAUACAUUGUUGUGGUGAAACUUUAUGACUAGGUGGAGGAAUGUUUUUUGCUUUUAUUUACAGGACAUCAGAAGCACUCCUGUUAUCAUCAAUCUUUUAAAUUAAGACUCUCGGGUUCAUUUAUUUCUGUUUUUGCUCAAGCUGGUCUGGAGUCGUUCUGUUAGGAACUGAUUACGCUCUGGAAAGUAUUUGCCUGGUCAAUCGAAUCAUUUGGGCGGACUCAGUGAUGGACAGAGGAGUGUCAUUUGAGUGCUGUGGAGUUAAAUUUAUUUACAACUAAAUAGUUCUGCAGAGUUUUUUUUUAUCUCUGUACGGGAUAACAUAAAUCUCAUAAUGAAAUCCAAAUUCCAUACU